AAAGCCCAAAGAUGCCCGAGCGGUGGCGAGGAGAAGGACCCGUACUACGUUGAGACGCCUUACGGCUUUCAGCUGGACCUCGACUUCCUCAAAUAUGUCGACGACAUCGAGCGUGGAAACGCCGUAAAAAAGAAGCUGAGCCUCCAGAGGAGGCCGAGGCCCCGCCCCCCCGGGGGCGAAUGGGCCUCCACGGACUCCCUCUCCUCCUCCAAUAGCGACGAGAAGCCGCCGGCCCCGUUAAGCCCCGCCCCCUUCCGCCCCGCCCCGUUAAGCCCCGCCCCUUUUCGGGCUUACCCUGAUAGACAGGGGAAACUUUCGCCCCGUUUCGAGGCUCGCCACAACCCCCCGAACGUGGAGAAAACGCUCAUGGAGACCCGGCGCCGUCUGGAACAGGAACGAGUCCUGAUGUUGACGCACGCCGACCCGAUGAUGAUGGCGGCGGCGCCCUCGUCGCCACGGCGACGGCUGGCGAGCUUCGGAGGCGCGACGGGCUCCAACAGCUCGCUCUCUUCCCACUCGGGUUCGGGUUCGGGUUCGAUCCACCAGAACCAGAACGGGCUCCUCCUCCAGGCCAACGGGGACUACUACCGGCCGAUCCGCCACAGCCCGGCGAGCUCGGGCGUUGCCACGCCGACGACCACGACGCCGACGACGACAAUGGCGGCAAUGGCCGCCAACCUGCAGCAGAUCCGGGAGCAGAUGUCGGUGGCCCUGCGGAGGCUGAAGGAAUUGGAGGAGCAGGCCAAAACCAUCCCAGUUCUGCAGGUCAAGAUCGCCGUGCUGCAGGAGGAGAAGCGCCAACUGGUCGCCCAGUCGAAGGGAAAUGGCGGCGUUGCCAUGGCGAUCGGCGGCGGUUUCCGCAAGCGCUCCUACAGCGUGGGAAGCGCCGACCAGAUGGAGAGCAGCAAGAAGGAGGCGGAGCUACACAUCUCGGAGCCCGAAAACGCCCAACGACUGGACGAGUUCCGGCGUCUGGCCGCCGAGGUCCAGGCUCUGGAUGGGACCUCGGACGCCAUGCCCCCGAUCGCCAUGACAACCGCCUCGCCAAAGCCAAACGCCUCGCCGAACGCCACGCCGAAAACCUCCAUCCAGAAGUCGUCGAUCGGCGUGGUUACGGACGAGAACAUGAACAACCUCUGGGCCUGUUUUCGCGAGUUUCCGCGAUGCCGGAGGGACGUUGCCACGGCGACGGAGCGCCCGGAUACGCGCAGCGCGUCGUCGUCGGUGACGGAGGCCAUGUUGGGCGUCGGCGGCGAGGCGGAGCGCGAGAUCGAGCUCCAGCAGCUCGCCAUCGACGGCCUGAGGGAGAAAGUCUACCGAUUAGAAGUUCAGCUCAAAGAGGCCACGCACGAAACGGAAAUGGCGAAGCUCAAGAUGGAGAUAAUGGCCGCCGCCGGGAAACGGACGGCCGACAAGGGCCUCACGGUGCGGCCGGAGACGUACGAUGCCAGCGUGGAGGCUAAGGUCCACACCAGAGACAUGGGAGUUGGCGGCCAUCUUGGUAGUGGCGGCGAAACGGCGUUGGCGAGCAUGUCGAUAGGCGUUUCCUGUCGGAUCGAGACAAAAAACGCCGUUUCUGGACCGGAGGAACCGAUGGACCGGUGGGAGGUUAAGCGGCGGGCGGAGGUAAAGGACGAGUGCGUGGGGGUAUCCAUGGAGACGGGAACGGCGAGCGAUGGCGGGGAAAUGGCGAGAAACAAGAUGGCGGCGUUGGCGAGCGAGGAAAUGGCGUUGGCGAGCGAGGAGAUGGUGAUGAAGAAGAUGGCGGCGUUGGCAAGCAGGGAGGCGGCGUUGGCGAGCAGGGAAAUGGCGGUUUUGGCGAGCGAGGAAAUGGCGAGAAACAAGAUGGCGGCAAUGGCGAGCAGGGAGGCGUUGGCGAGCGAGGAAAUGGCGGCGUUGGCGAGCAAGUCGGUGGGCGUUUCCUGUCGGGUCGAGACACAAAACGCCAUCUCUGGACCGGAGGACCCGAUGGACGAUGGCGUGGGGAUUUCCCUGGAAACGGGAAUGGCGAGCAAUGGUGGCGAGGAAAUGGCGAGAAACAAGAUGGCGGCGUUCCCGAGCGGGGAAAUGGCGUUGGCGAGCAGGUCGGUGGGCUGUGGCGACUGUUCCGUGGACAUCAUCGUUUCCCCCGUCAAGUCGUGGGUGUCCCGCGGCACGGACGCCAUGGCGACGGUCGUCCGGAUGGACUCGGGCGUCAUGGCGACCCCGGAGUCCGUUGCCCGGGAAACCAACACCGACACCGAGGUCGAGGCGGAGGUCAGGGUCGCUAACAAGGCCACCAACACGGCGCCCGCCGAGACCCGGACGGUGGCGGCCGGCGAGGGCUUGGUCAAGGAGCCCGUCGCCGUGGCGAGGACGCGCUCCGUUGCCGUGGGAACGAUGGCCGACAACGCCUCCACGAGGAACAUGGCGUGCGGCCCGUCCCAAGUCGCGGUUGCCGCGGGCGAUACCGCGGUUGCCGGGGGCGACGGCGGCGGGCUGGACCACUACAUCGAGAGGGUGCAGAGGCUGCUGGCGGAGCAGCAGAUGCUGCUGGCGGAGAACUACGGAGAGCUCGCCGAGGCCUUCGGGACGCCGCAGCACGAGGACGCCGCCACCAAAGGUGAGCCACGAUUGGCUGGGAGCACCCCGAUGGGAUAA